GGAGCCUGUUACUUCUAAGGGAGUGCGCCAUCAAAGUUUGAAACACACACACACGGCGAUGGACUCGACGUAUAUAUACCCACACACUCAGAAAUGUAGGAACACGUGCCUGUGACUCACACUGCUCCCCAGGGCCAGGAAGUGGCAAGAGGAGGAAAUGACUAUUGGGGCCUUUCGCUCGCUUGCAGAUGCCCGGCAAACGGAACGCCUGGUAGACUUUAGCAUCCGCCAUGAAGGUGAGUGAUUCCCCCCCUCCAACUCUCCAGCAUAGACCACCCAGCUCUCCCUUUUUUUGUCAUAAGAACCUUCUCUCCCCCCUGCAUCCUGUCUCUGGAACAAUUUGCCGGCCAGAAAAAAUUUCCUACCAGGGAUUAACCCUUUGGGGUGUUGGAGUUGCCAGAAGAACCAGACCCUCUGGCUCAGGGGAAAUGAAAGCCACAUGGCAAAAAAAAACCCAGAGUUGGGAGGAAGGGAGAUGGUCUCAGCGGACAGUGAAAGGCUUGGGAUAUAUAGUCCAGAAUCCAGACAGGCAAGCAGACACAUUUUCCUAGUUUUCACCAGUUUGCCUUUUUCACUCCAUCCUUGUUUGCAUCUCAGGAAGGGUUUAUUUUUUAGGGGGAAAAAAAACUUCUUUGCUGUACGGACUUUGCCUUAUAUAGUUAGCAAGCUGCCUGCCUGUGUGGCCAGGGAUGUCCGGCUUUCAAAGCCGUGGUUCUCAGAAGCAGAAGUCUGAGACCGGCCGGAAAGCAUCAGACUUUUGGAGUUUUGGCAUGUGUGCGUGCGUGACUGCGGGAGAGAAGCAAACAACAACAACAAAAAAUUAGGCUUCCCCAAGACAAAGCCGAAAGCAUGGGGAAGGUUGUCUGUUUUGCUGAUGUUGGGACUACAGUGGAUUGGAAAGGAUCCAGGAGGAGAGGCUUCAAAAACAAACAGCCCAAGCCAGGCUUGGGACGCAGAUGGAGUGAGAGCCCCCCCUCCAACUAGGUUUUUGGUAAACUCCAAAUAGGCUUCUCUGUAGGACGUUGGCGGGCUGACAGCUCAGAGCUGCCUCCUCAGACGGCUGCAUCAUGGCUCUCUCAUCCUUUGGAGCAGUGUGAGCACAAGCCACAAGGUCUUCGGCAGUUGGUGUGAAAAAACUGCCUUCCACCGAGGGGAAAUGCCUGUAUAUUUCCAGCUCCACAGACGGGAUGUUGAGAGGCCUCAAAACCUCAGCAGAGCUUCUGAAUCUAAAACAGUGGCGGACAACAUGUAGGGUUCUCUCUCUCUCUCUGGGUGUGGUGUUUGAAUUGUUGUUUUAUUCCCUGAGGCCUUUUUAUCAAUUAUUUUCAAAAUAAUGGACGUGUGCCGUGGCUCAGGACAUUUCACUUGUAUUUUGUGCUGCUGCAGUGAAAUCUUAAAAACUGGGCAGGAGGGAGAGAUAAUUGAAUUUGUUUAUGCUGUUACAGGAGAAUACAUUUCCCCUAUACUCUGUGGCUGUUUUACUGAGAGAUCUAAAUUGCCGUUAUCAUGGGCCUGUAUGUUAAAGUUUAUAUUGCUAAAGUUGCUAAUGUUUAUAUUGAUGUAUCUAAUUGUUAUCAUUGCUGGUCUAAAAUGUGAGGUUUUUAAAUUUUUUUAAAAAAACUAUCUUUUGUAAUGGACUUUUAUAUUUGUGGGCGUUUGUGAACCGCUUAGCGAUUACAGUGGUACCUUGGGUUAUGUAUUUAAUUCAUUCUGGAGGUCCGUUCUUAACCUGAAACUGUUCUUAACCUGAAGCACCACUUUAGCUAAUGGGGCCUCCUGCUGCCACCGCGCCACCAGAGCACAAUUUCUGUUCUCAUCCUGAAGCAAAGUUCUUAACCUGAAGCACUAUUUCCGGGUUAGCGGAGUCUGUAACCUGAAGCGUAUGUAACCUGAAGCAUAUGUAACCCGAGGUACCACUGUAUCUUUGAAAUAUGAAGUGCUGUAUAAAUUAGCAGAGGAAAGAAAUAACAAUAAAUCAGUUUUAAACACACACAAGAUGGCAUUUAUUUGUUUAAAGAAACAUAUACUCUGCUUUUCACUUCAUCUGGGUCUCAAAGCAGGUUAUACAGAAUAAAAAUGUAAGAUCUACAAACUUCAAAACAUAGUUUAGAAACGUUGGAGGAGCAAGCAUAAGAACAACACUCAUAGUGCAAAAACCUCCUGAAAUGAAACAGUUCUAACUUGCUGCCUGAAAAUUAGUGGGGACAAUUCUAAUGUGAAAUUAUGAAUGUGUACACACUCUCUCUUUAAAGCCUGUUUGAAGCACCUUCUUUCCCUCAAUGAUUUCUGGCCACUGUAGUUUGCUAAGGGGUGCUGGGAGUUGCAGCUCUGUGACUACAGUAAACUACAGUGCCUAGAACUCUUUGAAGGAAAGUACGUCUUCCAAAGGCAUUUAAUAGGUAUAGAGAGUACACAGCAUAAAUUGCCUGUUAAGCCACUGCAACGCUCAGGUUUGUAUCAUUUUUCCCCCUGGUUGGUUGCUAUAUUUAUCUCUGUUGUAUGAAAAAUAACGUGGGAGUUGAUUUUAAGCUGGGGAAACGACAGAACCCUGAGUCUGAUUCUAUGGCUUAAAGAAGCUAUGGCCAACAGUGAAAAUAAUGAAAAUAAAUGGCAAUAGAUCUAGAGAAGGCUGUGUGCUUUUUAUAGAAUUAGAUCCUGGUUCAUUGGAAUGCUAAAUGCAUAGUAGUAGUAGUAGUAGUAGCAGUAGUAGUAGCAUUGAAUCUUCUACAGUCCAUCAAUCAAGCCUCACCACAAGAGCAAUGAGCGCACAUGCCCAGACACAUGCCUCUCAAACACUGGUAUGGUUUCCUUGGCCUCUGUAAGGGUAAUUGAUUCAGCGUUUUGUUGGCUGAGGGAUCUGUGCAUCAGUUCCAGCUGUGACUUUGCCCUGUUUUGGUUCACACAGUGGAGAAGCAGUUGCUGCUCAGAGCAUUCAGUGUUGGCGCUAUGGGGCACAAUCUGAACGAGGGUCAUGAUGGCUGAAUUUGUGUCUGUCUUUUCCAGCUCUUUGUCUUUCUGCUGCUUGUCUGUGUGAGCCUCAGUGGUCCUGUAGAUGCUCAAGGUAAGAUUCUCCCUCUUCAGUGUGUUAGUCCAGGUGUGCAUUCAAACUCCUGCCUCCAUGACAUUAACCAGUUGUGAGUUCACACCCCCAAAGUUCUCUAUGAGCUGCAGCCUUUCCACCUUAGCACCUAGUGUCCUCUAGGUGUUUUGAACUACAGUUCCCACCAUCCCCAACUAGUAUGGCCAGAGAAGAAGGGAGCUGUAGUACAACAUUAUAUGGAGGGCAUCAGAUUAGGGAAGGCUGCCCUAGCAGAAGUGCACAAGUCAUCUGGAGUUAUGGUUUAGCAAAUCCAUCAUUUCUGCCCAUUGCCUACAUUGGUUGGGGCUUAUGGGAGCUGAGGUCCAACAGCACCUACAGAGCACCCCGUUUCCUACCCCUGGUCUGGAGACACAAGUGGCCUCCUAGAAUAUGGAAGCCAUCCUUUCCCACUUUGCCCAUCAGCUGGCAGAUUUCAACAUUAGUGCCACCACUAUCUUUUGGAGACAAAUGACUGGGACAUUUGGGCAAACGUAGCGAAGAAAUACUGUUGUGAAAUAUUUUCCCCUGCCAAUUAAAAAUAAUUAUCCUCAAAUAAGGCAAAACAUAUGCCGGCAUUUCUGAGAAUCCAGAAAUGCCAUGGCGACUGUUUCUCAGCCCAGUCAUCCCUUCCUGCAUGUGCUGCGGAGGCAGAGCAACAGACCCUCCAGCUGCUUGGGCGCUUUCAGUCGCUGCAAAUUGCAACAAGCUGCUUAAGGGAACUGCCAAGAGCAGUGACUUCCUCUAAGCUUAGCUUCCAUUAUCUGAAUGUGUCAAUAAAGGUGCUCCAAGCUAGGUUUUGGCCUUGAAGUAGGCACUGAUCCUUCUGGAAGGACCUCCUCAGACGGUGCUCCUGGCGGUUUUCGAGUUCUGUAAUCCAGGGUGAAGGAGAACAGAAGCUAAUCUCCCCCCCCUUUUUUUUAUGAAGAUUACCCUCUCUGGAUCCCACAGCUAAUUCUCCCCUGGUCUCCUCGCUGGCCCAAAUAGGACUCAUUUAGCCAGCUAGCCCUGGUGAUCAUCUAAUGUUUAUUGGAUGGAUUUUUCCCCUAAAUUGAUUUUUGAAUUCUGAAUUUAUUGUUAUUCGCGUUUUAUACUAUAUUUUAUGCUGUUUUUUGUUGCAUCAAUUAAGUGUUUUAAAUUUGUUGUUAGUCGCCCUGAGCCCGGUUUUCUGAACUGGGAAGGGCAGGGUAUGUAUAAAAAAAUUAUUUAUUAUUAUUAUUAAAUAAAUGACGUGGGAGAACAAAUAAUUAAAGUUCAGGGAAUGCCAAUUGUGGGGUGUAACAUCACUGAAGCAGUCAAAUACAACAGUUCCUGUUUGCCCAGAGUGGACACACAGGAGAAUGUUGCUCCAGACAGGAGGACUUCCUGUCACACCUUUGUGACCAGGUAGAUGGGUGUGACCCUAUAAAGGUAAAGGGACCCUUGACCAUUAGGUGCAGUCGUGGCCAACUCUGGGGUUGCGGCGCUCAUCUCGCUUUAUUGGCCGAGGGAGCCGGCGUACAGCUUCCGGGUCAUGUGGCCAGCAUGACUAAGCCGCUUCUGGCGAACCAGAGCAGCACACGGAAAUGCCAUUUACCUUCCCGCCGGAGCGGUAGCUAUUUAUCUACUUGCACUUUGACGUGCUUUCGAACUGCUAGGUUGGCAGGAGCUGGGACCGAGCAAUGGGAGCUCACCCCGUCACGGGGAUUCGAACCACCAACCUUCUGAUCGGAAAGUCCUAGGCUCUGUGGUUUAACCCACAGCGCCAUCCGCGUCCCACGGGUGUGACCCUAGCAGACCCUAUAAAAGGGCUAGUCAUGCAGCCAUCUUCCUCUUUUGGCCAUUUUGCUCUUUUGCUGCUUUUUUUACCAUCAUCCGCUGGCUCUUAGCCAGAAGCAAGUGGCUCAUCCUUUCAGAGGAUGUAAGCCACAAGGUGGAAAGUCUGAGGCCUAGCUCAGACUUCUUUUCUCUACAACUGUAAAUGUAACUACAAGAUAAAACCUGCCUUCAGGACAAUACUGUGAACUGAAUGUAAGCAAACUUUACUGUUACUUUUAAUGAAGACUGUUGUAUUAUUAUUUUCAGAGGGAAACAUAAGGGGAAACUGACCAGGAACAAUCCAGACUGGACAAGCCAGACUGGAUUGCUUAACUCAAAUGAUUCUCACAAAUCCAUCAGCUAGCUUCCAGAAAUGUGCAAGGGAAUGUGCUCUGCUACUUACUCAUAAGCAUGAGCGAGGAGAGAUAAUAUUUAAACAAUAUAUCCUCUCCUAGCUUUCCUCAACAUUCCCACACCAAUAUGGUGCCCGGCUGAAGUUUGGGAUUACAUCUCCCAUCAGUGCCCACCACUGGCCAUGUUGGCCGAUGGGGAUUGUAGUCCAAAAAUGUUGGAUACCCCUGUUUUAGUUCUUAAGUUUUAUCUUGUAGCUGUUACUUUAUGUUACUUUAUGCUAUUUUGAAACCAAUCAAGUGCCUUUAUUUAUUAUCGUUGCAAAGUGUUUGCGGUGAGGAAAGCAGAGAGAUGUAGUAAUGCCUUGCCAUGUUCAAUUGCAUGGGCUGACUUGAAAACAUUGCUGAAAAACACCGGGAGGAUGCAGACUGUAGCUGGCUUCCGCCCAAGGAGCAGGGAGAAGCUGGAUUCAGUUUGCAAUUAAAGGCAAACUUAACUGAUUCAUAUUUUCUGAAACAAUAUGGGAACCAAAACACAGCCAUCUUUCAAAAUUCACAUUUCUCUUGAUUUUGCAAUGCAGUUCUCCAGCCAAGUAUCAUGUACAAAAAUCUCAGCAUAGAAGCCUGUUGGAUGAUAUUGGGCCAGUCACUUAGUCUACCUCACAGGGCUGUUGCAAGGAUAAAAUGGAGUGCGGGGGGACGGGACACUUCUGCAAGCUUCUUGCAGAAAGCCUGGAAUAAACAUGUACAAAAGAAAGAUUUUGCUGUUCGUGCACGGAAAGGACUUCAACCCACUGCAUUCUUGCUUUCAUUCCAGCAAAUGAAAUGGAUCUUGGGUUUGGAUUUUGCUGAGAAGCAUGCACUUUCAAACAAAAAUUGGUGCAUUUCCCUUUUGGUCAGUCAUCAACAACUUUAAGUCUGAAAACCAGUCUUUGUUUUGUUGAACGCAGCCCUUGGCCCUUAAGACUUAAGAUUUUGCUUAAACUGAUGUCAGCCAGUUGGUUGGACUCCAACUCCCAUCAUCCCUGACCUUUAGCCAUGCUGACUGUGGAUGAUGGGAGUUGGAAUUGAACAACAUCUGGAGGGGCCCCAGAUUCCCUAGCUAUGCUGACACAUCAUCAGGCUAUCUCUGCAUGCUCAGAAGGAUAUUUAUGUAAGCUUGUGGCUUUGGUUUCAGGUACCUCAUCCCCACUUGUGGGGCAGGAUGCAGAUGGCGAUAGAACCACAACUGAGUCCUUUUUGCCUUCCACAGGUAAGUUUUGUUUGUUUAGUCAUUUAGUCAUGUCAGUCUCUUUGUGACCCCAUGGACCAGAGCACGCUAGGCACUCCUGUCUUCCACUGCCUCCCGCAAUUUGGUCAGACUCAUGUUGGUAGCUUCGAGAACACGGUCCAACCAUCUCAUCCUCUGCCGUCCCCUUCUCCUUGUGCCCUCAGUCUUUCCCAACAUCAGGGUCUUUUCCAGGGAGUCUUCUCUUCUCAUGAGGUGGCCAAAGUACUGGAGCCUCACCUUCAGGAUCUGUCCUUCCAGUGAGCACUCAGGGCUGAUUUCCUUCAGAAUGGAUAGGUUUGAUAGGAUAGGACAGGUAAGUUUUACAGUUCUGCAAAUGACUAGCCAUACCUGGACCUUCCCAAAAGGCGUGGUGAUGCAUUCAUAAUGCAGCCAAAAAAACCAAACAAACACCAAAUCACUUUGCUGCCAACAUCUGCCUGCCCCUUCAAAAGCUCUUAUGUUCUUUAUUAGUUAAAGGUCAGCAGUAUCAGUUUUGAACCCCCUGCCCCUUGGAGGGAAAUAAAGCUAAUGUAGUAUGUGUGACUUUGACCAGAGAAAAAUAGCAGGCAGGGCAAGGGUUAAAGGCUCCCUCCCGAUGAUCCUUCUCCAUUCUAAAUUCCCCUCUCCUAAAGCUGCUUUUCAUUUUAUUAAAAAAAUAAAUAAAUGCAACCAACAAUGGUGCAGUGUUGUAAUUUUAGACUCUUAACUAAAUAGUCUUCUGAGGAGGACCAUGAUCUUCUUCUUCUUCUAUUACAUUUAUUACCAACCAUUACAGUCCCAUCAUAUAAAAGAAUAGAUAAAUAGAUAAGGAGGAAGUGUAGGUGUUCGUUUCAAGGGUUAAGCUAAUACUUUACUGAAAUAUACUCAGAGUCGAGCGUGGAUUUCAUGCUCUUUAUUCAGCUCAUAGUAGUGAGGAAUGGGGAUGUUUCCCUGAACUGUCUGCUUUAUAUACAUUAUUUACACAAUGGGCCCCACGUGAUUGGCUAAUUCUGGGAAUCUCCUGCAGGCCAAUCAGGUUGCGGAUUCACUUCCACCUAGAGUUGGAUUGGGUGGCUCCUGCAGACAAAUCAGACUGCUGCAUUCUGGAUCCUAUUGUUCUAGGACCAAUCAGACUGCUGCAAUUUGGAUCCUAUUCAACUCAGUACAUAACAUUUAUAUUAGAGCCGAAGGCAGGAGGGGUGGGGAGAUGGCAAGUAAUAAGAAACUUGACCUCCUUUACUGAGCACAGUAAGAAAAACUUUCUGUUCCCAAAUACAUACCAUGGCUUUACAAAGUAUUGAAAUGACUGAAUAUUUGGAUUUUUCUGAUUAUCUAUGGCUAGAGUUAAUUUUAUUACUUAUACUUGCUUCUAUCAUUUCAUUACCUUGCAUAUAUACCAAAUGCAAUUUACAAUGUUUCCCCAUCCUGCUAAAGCUUUGCGGGUUUUGUUUACAUGUAAAGAAAGUGAAAUUUGGAAUGUUACAAGUCUUAGCUGCAUAACUGAUUUGCACUUCAAGGGGAAAAUACCUUGGUACAUUUUUGUUUCAGUUGCUUGUCAACUUUGUUACGGCUGCUUGUUGAUUCUUACUGUGGACUCGCAACUUGCAAAACAUACCUAAUUUAUAACAACGUACAUAUUGUUGCACGCAACCCCAACUGGUUUCCUUAAAAUGAGGGACAGUCUUUAGAAGACAUGGUUUAUUUACACAUAUCGACAACCUGAGCCUAUGAUGGAGGGGCUCAUGGCAUUAACACCCCAAGAAGAUAUUGCUUCUCCCAUAGCCGAAGCCUGGGAUUCAUGCAGAAAACAAAUUGCAAGGUAUUGUGGAAAUGUGGGAGAACUGAACUUAAGAUUUGGAAAAGAAGACACCAGGAGAACCUGAAAAAUGCCAUAUUCGCCCAUCCCAUUGUCGCCGUGGGCCCGGUGGUUUUUGGAAGGUUCAUGAAACACUAUGAAAGUCUGCAGAACUUUUUUGGCUAGAGGCAUAAAUGGGAUGUGUGUACAAACCACCAGCUUCAAUCAGUUUUUAUAAAGACACAGGAGUUCUGCCCUCCAUGUUGACAUCUGGCCAGCUGCAAUCGGUAGUAGCAGUGUAGCACUCGAGGGAGAGGACUUGCAGAUCUUUCUAACCCAACAUUUCUUCUCUAUAUCCUGGUCUUCUAUAGCAGAGGAGCCAGAGGCUGAAAGUAUGACGGCAAGCCCUCUGAAUUUCCAGCAACGGGAGAAUGCAUCACUAAGGGGUAUGUGGCUGAGAACAUCCUUGGGAUGGAAUCCUUCCAUAAUUCCAUGGAUAUUUGUGCAAGAUAUAUAAGACAAGACCAGAACUUCUACCUGCAAAUAUUGUCAAAUGUAAAAGGAUGUUUAAUUCCCCCCUAUUGGCAUGAAGGAUGACUGCAUACACACACACACACACACACACACACACACGGCUCCUUCAGACUGGAGCGAGUUUUUCCUUUUUGUGGUUGUGUUCUGCAGCAUAUCACUGUUGCAAAAAAAUAGUGCAAUAGUGGCAGAUUUAUACUGGACCAUCCACACACCAUUCCAAUUUAUUAGUUGUGCUGUGGUGCUCACAAAACCUCCCUGCAAACAAAUCAGAAUAAAUGUUCACUAAAUAGCCAACACCAUCUAAUCUCCCGGUAGCAAAAUCAGGAUGAAUGCUCAAUAAACCACUUGCCUGGAAGCAUUCCAGGAAGGGAAAAUCCUUAGACAACAUUUAUGCUUGUGUGUUGCAACCGGGGUGGAGGACUUGUGGCCCUCCUACAGAUGUUGCAAGACUUCAACUCUCACCAGCCCCAGCCAGCAUGGCCUGUGUUUGGGGAUCAUGGGAGUUGUAGUCCAACAACUGGUCAGGGUGGGUUCAGGCUCACCAUUCCCACAGCCUGUGUGUGAGUUGUAAAUCAUGACGUGAUAGUGAAAAUGGCCUACCCAAAUUCUCCACCCUUGUCGUGAGCAGAGGGGGGACAUUUCAGUCAGUAGAGCACGUGACUCUUAAUCUCAGGAACAUGGGUUCGAGCACGUUGGGCAAAAAGAUUCCUGCACUGCAAGGGAUUGAGCUAGAUGGCCCUUCGGGUCCCUUCCAACUUGACAAUUCUCCACGGAUGGGGCAGAAUUCUCCCAACAGUUCAAACAACAUUCCCACCCUGCCCCUGGCAACCUCUGUUUCUCAAGCUCAUUGAAAAAUGCAUAAGACAUUCUGCCCAAUAGCUUUUGGGGUAGGGUGACCAUUUACCCCAAAAAGCAAAGGGUCUUAUGUUUUGCCAAUGGCUCACCAUUAUCAAACAAACCAGGCCAUUAUCAGCCUUUUGCUUCUUCAUGACCCACCCCCAGCGAGCCAUUGCCAGACUGGUCUCAUGAGGAAGCUAGCAACAUCAGAACUGGCAAGGAAAGUUGUAGGGCCAGGAGACUGAAAUUAUCUACAAGGGGAUUUCAUCCUAGCUCCAGUGUAACACUCUUUUCUUAAUAUGCAGUAGAAGAGACAUCUGUAGCUGAAGUGGAGACAACUAACGGCAUCACCCCUAGCAGUGUGAGCUUCACCAGUGCUGCAGGUGAGCAUAAGAACCAUGGACCACCCAUGAGGGGAGGUGGGCAGAGAGAGGGAACAAUCAGAAAGAGUUUGCUUUGCCACAUCCAAAAGAAUGGAACCAGCUCACCUGUCUCCUUCUGCGUUUUCUUUUCCAGAAGUUACCCAAGCUCAACAGCCAUCUGUAGACCAGAGGAGGAGAACAGGUAUGUAGAAGGCAAAAGACAAAUCCAUGUUCUGUGUACAGAAGUUGAGGGACUGGAAGAUGAACCUUAAUUCAACACCAACAACAGAAUAGUGUCCUUUAAGUGAGGGCAGCAGGAUAAUUAUGAGGGUGCAGGACACACACAGUUCUGUCCCCCAACCAAAGGCUCUGGCCAGUGGUUCAGGAAGGUGCCCUUUGGCAGUAUUUGCUGCUUGAGCAGUCCCCUCAUUCUGCUCUCCUGCCGUCAAUCCCCAUAUUACAGGUAUAUAACUUUUAAGUACACAAACGUCUGCAAAUAUCAGGGAUUUUGCCAAGACGAAACCAAUGCCUUCAAGGAAUUGCAGGCCAGCGGUGGGCAGGGCUGGAGUUAAAAGUGGGUGGGCCCAGAAGCAAAAGUGGGCAGUCACAGGUGUGACUCUCACUUCCGUACAGAAGGCUAUAGCCCAGCCACACAAAAGCUAGAGAUUUCCUCAUGCACUGCAAACACUUGUCUCCAUCCUUCCACCAGGCAAGCAAGAGGCAUUAUCACAUUUCAAGGACACAUCUGAAGCAGACAAAAAUACUCAUGCAGGGUGCAGAGCAGGGGCGGGGUGGGGUGUGGCCUAGGAGAGGGCCAUUUGAGGGGCUUGGAGGGGCACAACAAGCCUGUAGGUCUGAGUUUCCCCACCUCUGCUGUAGCAGGAGGAUCAGACAUGACCUCUUCUUCCUCAUAGUGGCAAGCUGGGCAUAUUUCUCAACUAUCUCACAUUCCUUCUUUUUUAACAGAUGUUUGGAAGGUAGAUUACCAAGAGAAUGUUUUCCAUUAUGGUGAGUCUCAACAAGCUGGAAACAGACCAUUGUGUUGCAUGCCAUCCCCAUCUCCGAGUGGUGGGGAUUCUAGGGGUUCCAGGUGCUAAUCCAGGACUUGUGUUUCCUUUUGGGAAUGAUGCACAGCAGAAACUGUGGUGUCUUUAUCAUAUAUGGUUUGCUUACACAUGUAUACAACCUGAGCCUACACUGGAAGGGUUCACAGCAUUAACAGCCCAGAAGGGUCUUGUUUCUCCUAUGGCCACAGCCUUCGAUUUAAACAGAAAUGAAACAUUUCCCUCUGAUCCUCCCUCCAGUUUGUUGCUUUACAAACUGGAGGGAGGUUACAUCACUGCAAACUCAACUCCAGACUCAGGCUUUGUCUUUCUAACCAUCUAACUAUCUAACUUUCUAACUAACUAACUAUCUCUGAUAUCACCCAUUUGGCUUCUCGCAAAGAGCCCCCUCCUUUGUUCUCUUAAUGGCCCAUCACCCAGGUGAUCACCCCAGCACAGGAAGCCAGCCUGGCUUAUAUUUUAACCCUUGCUGAAUCCAGGGGUUAGAAGGAUCUCGCAGACAGCCUACUUCCUCCCCCUCAAACUCAUAACAAUAGAUACUUUUUCAGAUACUUAAAAGGGGCUUUCAAUGAAAGUUGGUUUCUCCUGAGAUGUUUACUCAUCCCACUAUUGUCAUCCAUUAAGAGGUAAUGCAGACUUUCUCACCUUUGGAAAACUUGCACAACUCAUCUGAACAGAAGAGACAGUGGGACAAAAGAAAUAGGGGUGUACACUAUAGGAAGAGGUGCCUCUCUCCUUUGAGCUCUCUUAAAUUCCAUUAUCUGGUUGUGUACAUAGUACACCUUUGCAACACAUUCAAGUACAUUUCCGCGCCUCAGAUAAUUAUGGGUACCAGUUUGUCAAGGGUUGCUGGGAACUGCAACUCUGUGAGAGGUGAAUUAUGGUGCCCAGAAUUCUUUGAGGGAAAGAAUGUGCUUUGAAAUUUCCUUAGAAGAAUAGUUUGCACACAGCUGUAGCCAACAUUCCAUGGUCACUGAGCAUGCUCAGUUUUCACUGGUCUGUUUAGGGUUUGCUCACCCCUACGUUCUUUUUGUAUUUAUGGAAACCUUGGGGGUUCUCCCAAAACUCCUUGAUCCUCUUGUUUGUGGCUAGUGCAGUUUUGGCUACUUAAAGGAACAACACUCAUCUCUGAACUCUGGAAACAGAGUGAAGGAAUGGCGAUGUACCCAUUCCUGUUUACACCCAGUGCACUCCCACUGCUACUUUGGCUUACAUUGUGUGUACACCAUUUCCCAAAAGAAUCGGAAAGGUGCUGGCUGCAGAUUAAACAGGAGUGUGUACACUGUUGCACAUGGCUUUUUCAGGGGGAACUCACAGGAACUCAGUAGAACUAGGGAGGAUUCCUUGGUGAGUUUCAGCACUUCUUUUUCGGGGGGGGGAGCACUGCUGUUGUACUAUAUUUUGGUUCCUUCCUGCCCCCCACCAGCUUUGAUCCUAAUUGAGAAAAAGAACAACCUUGCUGUAUUUUGAGCUGCUAAUUUGUACACAGCUUUAGUGUGUACUUCAGGCUUGCAUUAAAUGUCUGAUUUUCUCCAUACUCUUGCAGAUUACUAUUCCCUGCGCAAAGGGGGCUUGAUAGCUGCUGCCAUCCUCUUCAUCCUUGGCAUUCUCAUUCUCACCUGUAAGUAUGAGCAACUGGGAUGAGUGGUGCUGCUUAGAGUUCUCUCCCUAAAUGUGGGUGGCAAAAGAGUGGAGAAGUAGAGGUAUAAUUGUGCCUGGAUAUUCACAUAAUCGCCCCUCUCCUCUCCUCAUCUGAGACCUUAUUAAGGGCUCAUCCACACUUUGCUUGUCCCAAGCCUAGAAAGCACAAGACCAUGCAGUUUUCCGCAUGUCCCAUUCUUUCUUGACACGGGUCCAAGUGGUUUUCUGUUCGCCCUGCUACCUUCCCUGGGAAAACCUGCUCUUUACCACUGAAUUGGAGCAAAUAUCAAUCCAUGGAAAACCUGACUGACGUUUGCUUCGAUUCAGCAGUAAAGAGCAGGUUUCCCGAGGGGAGAGUGGCGGGGGAAGUCGAAGUGUGGACAAGCCCUAAGUAAUAAGUGCACGACUGAUAACUGGAAUCUGCAAAACUCAAAGCAAAUCCUGCACUCAACAGUUGCUUAGAGGCACUGUGCUUCCUCCAGCCCUGCCCACCCCCGUUCUAAUAGUAUGCCUUUGGUAUCUGGCAGCAGGAUCUGGUAGUUCUUAGGAGGGGGCUAGAGAGGGGAGGCUGAAGGGCUGGGUUCAGAAAAUGAGCCUUUACUCUAGGAGGAAGAGUUCAGAAAAUGGUUUGUUUUCUCUCCACUUCCAGGUGGGAAACAUGGAAAAUCUCGAUGCAGAGGGAAGAAGCGGACAAGGUGAGCGACACCUUCCCGCCCACCCAUUCCUGUUUCCUUACCUCUAAUUAACUCCAUCUUGUGAAAGUCCAAAUGCUGGAAUAUGAAUGCAGCCUACGUAUUUGUAAUUAAGGUGUCACUAUUUGUGGGAGGGAUCAAAAUGCAUACUGGGACUUUGGGACUGCCUACACACUAAUCUUAUAUUUAUCUAGAUCUACAAGGGUGGUUGUGGCUACUUGAUAUGCAUUUGAAAACUCUCCCCUUCAUUAGGUUACCCAAGCCUUUUCUCCCUGCCCAUACCCCAGGUGAAAAAAGAAGAAACUGGUGAUUGUCAUCUUGUUCACUCUGGUCCACCAACAGUGUCAUUGGUCUGGGGGUGGGGGAGACACCCAUCUCCCCGUUGCUGGAACCAUCUGCAUCUGUUUCUUUAAAUGAACAGGAAGUGAAAAAUCAGUCUGCAACAAGCUUUUAUUUUCAGAAUGAAAGCAGUUUCUCUAGAAGCGCAAAGAAAUCAGCAAUCGAUCUAGAUUGCGCGUGGAUUUUGCAGAAAAGGCAAGCCCUCAUUCUCCAUUGAUUCUAGAAUGAGUUGGCUUCGCCUGUCAUUAGCUGUGGGGCAACCUAAAUGUUGGGCUCCCUGCUUUCUGCUCCCCCAGUCCCAAUGGACACCCAUAACCACUGGGCGCAACAUUAUCUAACAUUGCUGCACACAGAUCAGAACAAAAGCUCGUUAAAUAGCCAAUGCCUUCUCAUCUCCCUGUAAACAAAUCAGGAGGCAUGUUCAAUGAAAUGACUGCUUGAAAGUGCCUGAACCUCUGCGUAUGCUUUGUGCAAGAGAAUCAGGAUGAAUACUCAGUAAAUAGAUCACCCCGAGGAGCCUAACGUGUAUUCUCAUAUUCCUUGCCCUGAUCCCUGUUUCCUUUCUUUACAGGAACUACGACGUGACACCAGCCUGAAGCCAUCUCUUAUCCUCUGGAGGACUGCACUGAUUGGGAGGAGCAGGGCGGGGUGGGUGGGGCUGCUUUGAUUGACAGAUCUGCUUUGACAGAUCGUAAUGUAACCUGUUAUCCCCCAAUAGGGGAGCACUCCCUUAGCUCCCCCACCCCAAAUCUAUCCAUCCUCUGCCUGACACAUCCUGGUUUGUCCUCCACUUGCUCCCACAACCUCCGUCCAUUUUUCUUGGCCUACAAGAAGCGUUGCCUUUUCUCGUGUUACAACUGCAACAAAAGUUGUGUUUUCAUUACAUUAAACCAGCCUCGCUGUAGAACAAGAACCUUUGUGAAUUCUUUGUUCUUUCCCUUGUGCGUCCUGAGGCCAGGGGGAGAUGCUGCCUGGAUCGGAGGGCCUGGCUGUCGACACUCCAGGCCAAGAAAAACCCUAUGGUCCUCCAUCUGCACCAAGAAGUCUCAAAUUCUGUACUUGCAAUAAAUUUUUGGCGUGGCUUGUUUUUUCUACGUUUGCUGGCUGUAUUUGAUUUCAUGCUUUCGCUGGCGUCUUAUAUGCAGCCAUGUUCUAAGAGAAGUCAUCGUGCCAGAGGGAUAUUGCUGCUCCCAGUGCCAUGAACUGUCAGCAAAAUAUUCAUGGAGUUGCAACUGGCUCCAUUUACUUGUGAGGACACAAUUUCCUGGCUUUGUAAAGACCAACAUUACAUUGCUACUGCUUUUUUUGUUUUUUGUUCUUUGGAGAGAGAGAGAGAUUGUUUAUUUUAAAUAGAUUCUAUUUGAUUUUACAAAAUGAUUCACACAAUAAUAUCAUUACAAGUAUUAAAAUUUGCAUAUGAUUCUUCUGAAUCUCAAGACUUCCCUCCUUCGCUCCGUG